AGUAAAGCCACUAGGGCUAAGUACGACCAAGCAGUCUCACUUCUACAAAGACAGUCAUGUAUGUGACUUUUCAAUUAUCAUAACCACAACAAGGGUCAUGCUUUGGCGCAGCAUCUGUGGCUCUGCCUUCGUCCUCCAAAGGUAGAAUCGAGGUCGAGCAGUCUCCGCGUUUUCGGCAUAGCUUCUCCACGCGUGGCGCGCUCGACAUGCGUUUUCUCUUUCUGCCGCCGAUAUCGUAACCAGCCGCGACCAAUGGGCUCCGGUCGUGGUAUCUCGUCCUGCAUGUGAAGCAGGGGCACUGCAGGACGACGUAGUUCUAGUUGUUGGUAGAACUUCUAAAUCCACUUCGAAAUCAACAACAUCAUGUUUGGCAACAGCAAGAAGCUCGAAGAGCUGGAGAAUCAGCUCAAGGAAACGCAGGAAAAGCUCACCGCUGCAAACUCCACCAUCCAAGCCAACACUGGGGAGAUCACAAAAUUGAAGGCGGUAAACCUUUUUGGGUUGUAGUUGUAUAUGUAUGCACUUCGAAAUCUGCAUAUGUUACGACACGGCAGCCAGCUAGAUGUUAUAGAAUGGUGACUAGUACGACACUGAGAUUGAUCAAUUUCAAUGCCAAAACAUCACGAUCACAAAACACAGGAGGAGAAGAAGACCAAAGACGCGCUGACCAAGAAGGAGCAGGAUGCGAAAAAGCUGCAGCAGGACAAGGAGAAAGUAGACAAGGAAAAGCAAAGCCUCCAGAAGGAAAUCAAAGAUAAGUGGGAGAAGGACCUGAAAACUGCGAAGGACAAAGCGGCCGAGGAUAAAAAGAAACUGAAGGAAAAGCACAACGAUUUACAAAAGGAGAGGGAUGAACUGCAGAAAGAGACGGACGAAAGGAUAAAAUCGCUUUCCCUGGAGAAGCAACUUCUCGAGCAGAGCAAGGCGGAGUUGGAGGAGAAAAAACAGGUUUUGGAGACAACUCUGGAGCGGAAAAACAACAUCAUCCAACUCCAGGAAGAGGAUUCGCAGACGGCGAAGUUUUUUUUGGACGUCAGUAUCGAUGGGUGCGAGUUCGCCAAGCCCUUUCCGUAUUUUUUGACCGUCCAGCUGGGCGACGAAUUUACAAAUCCGCGGAAAACGGAAACCUCCGCGUCCACACAGUACCCGGAGUUCGAAAACAGCUCGUUUUUGCUGCCCUUCCACGACGAGGACACGGAGAACCAGUUACUACUGAAGUGCUUUGUCGUGGUAAAUCCGGAGCGCGGGGACGAGUCGACGGUGAAGCAACUAGGCGAAGCGGUGGUGUCCUUGCACGAGCUGGGCGCGUUGAAGUCCGAGCGGCAGGAUCCGAGGUUACAGGAGUUGAGGCAGAAGACCAUAGUGCAAAACGCGAGUUUUCUGCGCAGGAUAGACGGGGCUGGUACUGGAGCUUCGAAAUCAUUUACUCAUAGAAAUCGAUUUUCCACCUGUUCUUAAAAGUGAUCUACGUCAGAAGUCACCCGGGUAGUAUUAAGACGCGCCGUCGUGCGGAUCUAAAUCAAACCUUUACCUUUGUACACGUAUCCAGGUAAAGAGGCCGACGUGGUUCUUGUCGGCAAGUCCAUGUUGCGUAUCGAGAAAAAGCUGCUAAAGCCGUCGGAGUCGCUGAAACUCCAGCUCCAAAGUGCCGAUGGCGCCACGGAAAUAGAGCGAGUGCGCGACAAAGCACUCGCUGAGGAGCUGAACCAGGGAUUAUGGUAGUAGAUGUAGAUUGCUUUGUGAAAAAGAACUUCGUUGAUACUUUUCGACGAGAAUGAGUUAUGGCGCUUUUCAUGCAUUUGGAACUUGGGUUGCACUCCAACACAAUCAGGACCAUGAUCUGCGUUCACAUGUAACCAAAAACCCCAUCCCCAGGCUCGUUACCCCGUUUCAGCACCGGCUCCGUAUCCUUUGCCACUGCGCCAAGGACAUUCUGUACCAACAGGGCGGGGGUUCCAGCUCCUCCUCAGCGCCAGCACCCGGUGCUGCAGAAAAGGUGGGCGUUCCAGCAGGAGGAGAAAAUAUUCGUAGUGCUGCAGGAGGUACAACAACUUCUAUCGACAAUAGCCUGAUCACCGGCACCGAAGAGAAAAGCUCCUCCUCCACUGCAAAUCAUCCGUCCAACACAAAAGGCACCAAACUCGUUGUCACGGCCCGAAUUUUGAAAUUUGACGGCACUGUCCUCUACGAAGUUCCAUCGACCGAACACGAAUUGAGUUCCGCGCAGUUCGGCACGGCGAGUCGGGCAGACAUUCUAGAUUACUUGCUAGUGAAUGAAGAACUUGUGCUGCCGUUACCCAACACAAAUUCGCUCUACGACGACCCUGGCGGAACGAGUUCCUCAAACGUUUUACGGGACCAGCGGUGCGAACUUUCGAUCACAGUGACAAAUAGGAAGCAUGUGCAGGAGAUUUUUUCCGUCCAGUUUUUUUUGAACGUGUUGCCCGCGUUCGAGCCGGUCACGGUUCACUGCGCGCCAAUAUCAAAUGUAAAAAUGUCUGGGUCUGGAAGAUUGCAACUUGUGAUGCUGUCUCUGCAUUAUACAAAAAUCUGUAUUGCAUGACCAGCAAGAGGGCUCCAGUUUGUGCUACAUGGAGAGGGUAUUUCUCAUGCGCUAUAGGCAUCAGAAAGCCCGCUAAAAAUCUGUGAUGCCAGGUUCUGCAUUACAGACGUCAUGCGUCUUGUAAAAUCUGCAUGAGCAUGACAUCCAGACCCAGACAUUUUUACAUUUGAUAGCCAAGCGGAAGCAGCACUUCAAAUUUGUCCAGUGUGGUGAUGAUGGGCAACGGAAGAGAAGGAACGGCUUCACAAUCGGAAUUCUCGAACAAUAAGCCACCCAAACCGCAGCUGUGCUUCACUGUCACUCGAGAAAUCCCCCUGCCCGACAUAGCGGAGACCUACCACGGUCUGGAAUUUCGCUGCCACGGGAUUCCGACAGCGAGGCCUUUGCCAGAAAUGGCGAAUCACGCGGUUCUGCUGGUCUCGCCAGAUUUCCCCACGACCGCGGAGACAAAUAUGCCGUCGCCGCGGGUCACGGUUGUGAGGUAUAGGAGGAUAUUAUGCUGUUUCGAAGUCUUUAGUUGUGUUUGGAAGUCUUUCGUUGUUCCGAAUGUUUUUUAUUGCAUGGCCGUAGUGGUUGCCAUUUUGAUUUUGCUACUUGAGCAAAUAAUAAUAAUUAAAUCUGGUGCUCGUGCUGGUGCUCCUGGUGAAUCCGAAUACAAAUUGAAAUUGCCUCGUGAAUCAUCAUGCACAUAAAAAACGAAGUGCAAGAAUAACUACGCCCCUCAGAUACCAGUACGACACGCAGCGCGAUCUGACGUCGAUCCUCGAGGGCUACUUCAAGGAAAACCUAGCGACGUACCCCAGGCCGCCGAAGUACUUUAUGACGCCCGUGUCCGUGUCGCGGUCCCGCGCCCCGCAAUUUGACCAGUACGUCGUCAGACUGGCCGCUGCGGAACGGAAUCUUCAGCACCUGUCCGUGUUUCUCUUCGAGCAGAACCUCCUCCGGUCGGAACCGACCGCGUUGCUCCCCGACUUUUUGCUCGGGUUCGCGUCGGUUGACAGUUCCACCUUGACGCCCCCCGAGGGCGCGAGGAAUCCGCUGCAUCGGGCCUACCACUUGGAUCUCAGGCUACUGGAGGAUCCGACGAGGCCGGCGAGCUUAGCGGUCGACGUGCGGGUGUGGGGGAGGAGUAUUUUUGAUGCUUCAACAACGUUGGAGGUCUUCUUCUUAAUUAUUUCACGAAGAUGACGAGGCAUCAUUUUUGAUUCCGCGGCUGCAUCUUGUACAUACAGUCCGCUACCGCUUCGCACGAAAUCGAAAAGACAUAAAACAUUAAAACAGAUAUCCGUCCCGAAGCGCUACACGCGUCGGCCAUGCUCGGGAGCGACAUUGGCAACUACAACAAUCCUUCAACCCGGUACCAAUCGCCGCAAAAGUCGCUCAAAUCCGUCUCCAUCGCGCCACAGAGUCCGCAGAGCAUGAUCGCGCGCAGUCCGGAUGUCAUGAUGCCAGCUGCAGGAGCCCAACAGCUUCACGGACAACUCCAACCCCGCGCGAACGCGACUUUGGUACACCAGCAGCAGAACCACAACCAGCACGUCCAGCCACUGGACAAUCACCACUACGAGAAAGAGUUCACUUUGAACCAAGACCUGAGCAUCCAGCUGAUGCGGGAGUUUAACCUCCGUGCCCAGGCGCUGAAGUCCGCGGGUGAGGAGAUUGUGGAAUUGAGAAAGACCGUGCAGAUUUUGCAGAACGAGAAUGCGAAAUUGAACACGCAGCUGGAGGAAGAACUGCAAUUUAACGAGGAAGUAAAACUGAACCAACCGCUGAACACCGAGCUUCUCGACUCGCUCUCCACCGCGGAAUUAGCGCAGAAACUCCAGACCACCGUCGCAAAAUAUCGCGAUGAGAAGCAAAAGGUCCAGGACCUGAAGCUGCGCAUGGAGUCGGGGAUGCGGGAAAUCGUAAAGAACCGGGGGCUGGAGCGGAAGCUAGAGGAGCUGGAGAAGGCGCACUUGGAGCAGGCGACGCUGCUGCAGAAAUACCAGAAGGACAACAAAAAGAUCGGGUUGUACAAAGAAACGGUGAAAAGCCAGGAGAAGGUAAUCGCGAAAUUGGAGAAAGUUUUGGAAACGUCGUUGGAAGACCUGCACAAGGCGCAGCAGAAUCAAAUCGACUUGGAGAAGGCCCGGCACGAAAACGCGCAACUGAAGCUCGAAUACCAAAACGUGCAAAAGAAAAACGCGAGCUCGGCCAGUUCACACCAGGAACUGGCGGAAAUGAAGAAGCAGCUGCACGGUAUGAUACAGAGGAAGGAGAUGUCUUUUUCUUCUUUAGAAAAUAAUGAAUGAGCCUGACAUGAUCAAUCCAAUACCAAUCAUGGAAAUUUCCAAGAAGAGUAGAACGAAAUCAAAGUCUUCAUUUCACACAAAAACAUCAGAUAAGCAACUCGAGUAUGACAAAUUGCGAGAAAUUUGCGAGCAAUUGGAGCGCGAGCAGCAGAGUGGGAGGUUCCGGCGGAACAACGAGGACGAAAAACAGAUGCUUCAGUACAAAAUCAACCAGCUGGAAGCAAGGAUACACGCGUCGGAGCAAGUCAUACGGGACAAUGGGAAAAAGACCUCGAAGGAACUGGCGACACUGAAAUUGGAAAUCGCGAAAAAGGACGCAAAGAUAAAGGAAUUAAAUUCCAACUCGUCAGCCAGUGCGGGGGGAGCGGUCGGGGGAAGGGGCAUGCGGUGAGAAUGCGGUCGUGGGCUGCGCCGUUAUGUGUUGGCGGGACACACAAAAUUAGUGAUCUUCAUCGCUGGUACGUUGAUUACGUUGCAAGUGCAAACAAACCAAAAAUUUAUUUAGAAACUAAUUCUGUGCGACACGACGACUGUCGUGACAGUCACAGUGACUUUGUUUUACAUUUCCUCGACAAAUUCGUAUGCGAAGCGGAGAAUAGUGACAUGUGAUCAUGUAUGUUAUGGUCACACGCGAGUGGCUAAGGACUGUCGCUGAUAUGCGACGGAUCAGGCUGACAAGAAAAAGCAGAUGGCCGUAAAGACCGCG